AUGGCUUCACCUCGUCCUUUCUUUUUACCCGCCUCUGCAAGUUCAGAUGACCAUUCUUCAGAAGAUGAUAGUACUCAACAACGUAGACGUCGUUCUCAACUACCACCUCCCUCUAGCUUCACUUUCCCUUUUCAAGCUUAUCCAGGUAACCCAGACCCAUUACCUUACAGAACGAGCAUAGAACCCUCUUUUAAUCCUUCUUACUCAAACUUGAACCGCUCACCUCCUGAGAUACCACGCCCAAGUAGCACAACAACAAUAUUCCGCUCUCCUUUCCUAUCUCCAGCUUCACGUCCUUCCUCUUUUUGGUCUCCUCCUCAACUCCCUCCCAUUUCAGCAACCCCCUCAGUCGUCGCUCUCCCCCUCCCACAAAAGAAACCUCUUCAAAGCACAAGACUAAAAUCAAAACUCACCAAAGAGGACAAGCCAUGGCAAACCAAGAGAUCAAAAUCCAGCUGGUGGAUCACUUUCAUCAUAAUGAUCCUAGGUCUCUUGGGCGCAGGUGCUCUCUGCUACGAAGGCUACAAAGGCGUCAAUAUCCUCACAGACAGUCAGCUAUGUCUCGUCAUGCAAGACGACUUUACAGGCUCUCUCGAUUCUGACAAUUGGAGUCUCGACGUCGAACUCGGCGGUUUCGGCAACGGCGAAUUUGAAAUGACGACCGAUGACCCAAACAACGUUUACAUCUCAAACGGUCAACUCUACAUCAUGCCCACUCUCACAAGCGACUCCAUCCCCGGCGGUUACCCUGCCGUCAUGGAUGGUGGAAAUUACACCUUGUCAGGUUGUACAGCCCAAGACGGUCACAACUCUACCACCACCAACUCCACCACCGUCAAUACAGACCCAUGCACAGCCGUAUCAUCCGCCCAAUCCGGUACCGUCAUCAACCCCGUUAUGAGCGGACGCCUCAACACACGCAAUAAAAAAUCAAUCAGAUACGGGCGCAUAGAGGUCCGCGCAAAACUCCCCCAAGGCGACUGGCUCUGGCCCGCAAUCUGGAUGCUCCCUCAAGGCAACUCCACUUCAAAUUCAUCAGGCGUAUACGGUCCGUGGCCCGUCAGUGGUGAAAUCGACUUGAUGGAGGCCCGUGGUAAUCUCCCAACCUACCCAGCACAAGGAUCGAAUUAUGUUCGUUCGUCCCUGAAUUAUGGGCCGUUUGCAGGAGGGACUACGCCUGUCACUGAUGGUAACAUCUACGGUUGGGUAAGCACCAAACGCGGAAACUUCGCCACCGGGUUCCAUGUUUAUGCGUUCGAGUGGACGGGGCAGUGGAUGAGGUUUUAUACGGAUAAUCGGUUGCAGGCAAUGAUCAACCUCAACAAAAUAUCUUCCAAAAACUCCGAUUCCUACUUCUUCAACAACGGCGGGUUUCCAGGCGUAGCCAUGAACGUGUCUAGUGGGAAGGAAGUGGUCGUUGAGGAUCCUUGGAGUACGGCGUUUGGGGGGUCUGCUGCUGCUCCUUUUGAUCAGGAAUUUUACCUGGUGAUCGACUUGGCUGUUGGAGGCACGAGCGGGUGGUUCCCUGAUAGUGUUGGUGGGAAGAUGUGGUAUGAUGGGUCUGCGACUGCGAUGCGCGACUUUGCAGCAGCCCAGGAUACAUGGAGCGCUACGUGGCCUUCGAGUGCGGAUGAUCGUGCGUUUAGGAUCGACUACGUGAAGAUGUGGAAGCUUUGCGGAACCUAA